AGUGUGUACUGAGAUCUUCAGAGAGGAGUUUGGGCUUCACCUGGGGAAGGUGUUCAGCUUCGUACAUCUGAGUGUUCAGGAGUUUCUGGCUGCUUUAUAUGCAUUUUUCUGCUUUAUUUUAAGAAAGAGAAAUUUGGGGCAAAGCACUGGACUUUUUAAUUUCUUCAGAAAUCCAAACAUGUCUGAUCUCCUCAGGAGUUCAGUGGACAAGGCCUUACAGAGUGAGCAUGGACACCUGGACCUGUUCCUCCGCUUCCUUAUGGGUCUCUCACUGGAGUCCAAUCAAACUCUUAUACAAGACUUAAUUCCACAGACAGGAAGCAGAUCUCAAAGCAAACCAGAAACAGUGAAGUACAUCAAGGAGAAGAUCAGGGAGAAUCCAUCGCCAGAGAAAUCCAUCAAUCUGUUCCACUGUCUGAAUGAACUGAAUGAUCAUUCUCUAGUGCAGGAAGUACAAACUUACCUGAACAGAGGAGGUGACAGUCGUCUCAGUGGAACCAGACUCUCUCCUGCUCAGUGGUCAGCUCUGGUGUUUGUGUUACUGACCUCAGAACAGGAGCUGGAUGUGUUUGAUUUGAGGAAAUAUGAUAGAUCACAUGAAGGUCUUCUGAGGCUGCUGCCAGUGGUCAAAGCCUCCAGAAAAGCUGUUCUGUGUCAGUGUAAUCUGACAAAGGAAAGCUGUAGACUUCUGUCCUCAGUUCUCAGCUCAAACUCCUCCAGUCUGAGAGAACUGGACCUGAGUAACAAUAAACUGCAGGAUUCAGGAGUGAAGCUGCUCUCUGUUGGACUGAAGAAUCCACACUGUACACUGGAGAAACUGAGUCUGCACCUCUGUGAUCUGACAAAGGAAAGCUGUAGACUUCUGUCCUCAGUUCUCAGCUCAAACUCCUCCAGUCUGAGAGAACUGAACCUGAGUAACAAUAAGCUGCAGGAUUCAGGAGUGAAGCUGCUCUCUGAUGGACUCAAGAAUCCACACAGUACACUGGAGAUACUGAGUCUGUGUGACAGUAAACUGACAAAGGAAAGCUGUAGACUUCUGUCCUCAGUUCUCAGCUCAAACUCCUCCAGUCUGAGAGAACUGAACCUGAGUAACAAUAAACUGCAGGAUUCAGGAGUAAAGCUGCUCUCUGAUAGACUGAAGAAUCCAUACUGUACACUGGAGAUACUGAGAACUGGAUAUGAGGAAUAA